AGUGAUGAGAUGUGAGUGUCGGUUGCGCGGAAAGUUUGCGGUGCCGGCUAGGUAAACUUUAUUCGCUUUCUCGGCAGUUAGUUGCGAUCAUUAGUGUUUUAACUCUUGGUAAUGAGUGAGAUCCGUCAUCGGGAUCGCAUUUUAGAAGCGAUAGACCAGUUGCGCAAAAGGAAAGCGCGGCCCGACGUAAAUAGAAUAUGCAGUUUUAUGUUUCGUCGCUUCGCCGUUAACUGUAUAGAAACAAAAUUGGACCUUCAGAAACUUAUUGAUGCGGAAAUUGUGAUAAAAGUCGACUAUAAAGGUAAUACGAGUUAUCGGAAUGCCGCAAAAUGGGCUAUGUUGCCGUCAUACAAGUACAAAAAGGAAAUUGAUACGAGUAGCAUAAUUAGUAGCGCUGUCGCAGAACUAAUAGUAUUGGAACCGGAUUACUUGGACAUAGGCGUGCCUGAAUUCGAAUUGGAACAACAUAUGACUCAAAAGGAUGGCAAGCGAUUUUCAAAGAAAAAUUUGGAAACAAUUUUAAAAAGAGAAGUUGAAAUAGGAACCUUAGUCAAAUUAGAAAACGGAAAUUAUUCCUUGGGUGAGCACUCGUCAAUGAAUUCUGGUUCAACAAUGAAUCGGCCGUCCGCUUCUAGCGUUGGUAGCACUGCGAGGCACACGAAACCCAAUCUGGCGUCAAGACAGGCAUCGCGUCAAAAGAAAAUUAAAAUAUUAUCUAAACAAAACGACAAUUCCAACGAUACGAAUGAUAGUGAUAAGAUGAAACCAGAAGAUCAGUCUAAUUCAAGUGAAUCAGCAAAUGUGGGAUUUAGAGUUGGAGGCCGUCAAAAGAGAGCAAGAAUUGUAUUUGACCCUUCUGACAACAAUCUACCUACUCGAGUAACCAAGAAGCGAGGGCCAGGAAGGCCUCUGGGGUCUCUAAACAAAUCUACGACUGCUGGCAACAGUUUCCCCUCACCCACAACGCCUCCAGCCACCCCUCCCUCUACCAAGACUGUUACAACCCCAAGUUCCUCUCCCAAAUCAAGCGUUACCACAGGCACACAAGCCAAGCCUGCCUUUACUACUGUUGUCAACACUCCUCCAGCCAACCCUAGUCUAUGUUACCUCUGCCACUCGUACGGACAAAGAGUCAAAGGCGUUCCAGAGAGACUGAUAUCAUGUACUGACUGUGUGGCUCGAGCACAUCCUAGCUGCCUAGAGAACAGCAAUGAUGGGCCUGGAAGGGAUGGCACGUGGCAAUGUUCCCAAUGCAAGUUCUGCGUUACCUGCCAACUAACAGCUGGGAAAGUGAAGAACUUGGCCAUAUGCGUAGUCUGCAGAGAUGCGUACCACUUUGACUGCCAUACACCCACAGUGCCCGAGAGAGCUCGGAGUAAACAGAUACCCUGGCACUGCUGCAAGUGUUCUACCUCACCCCCUGCGGAGAUCAAAGAGAAACCUGCCAGAGGUAACAUCAGCAGCAGAGAGGAAGGAGAAACAUAUAGGCAGAAAGUUGAAACCCCAGUGAAGGAGAAGCUGGAGCCUCCUCCUAAUCCAAAGAGAGAAAGAGAGCCUGUAGCCCCCCCUCCACCACCACCCCCUCAACCUCCCAUGGAGAUCAGACUCCGAGAUGUACCGUCCAACUGUCUCAGCGACCCUUUUGAAGACAUUCCCAUCGAUGACUCCAUCCCUGAUGCCAAGCAUUGGACCAACAACCAAGUUUAUCAGUAUUUCUGCACACAUUUUAAACCUGAGAUAGCACAGGCUUUUAAGGAACAGGAUAUAGAUGGUCAGUCACUGCUUCUGAUGAAAAGAAUGGAUGUUUUGACCAGUCUUAAUCUUAAAUUGGGUCCAGCACUGAAAGUUUAUGGACAUGUCAGGAAACUACAGACUCGUAAAAGUCACAUCAAGAUCUUAUGGUCAUAAACCAGGUGAUAUCUGUAUUCUUGUCAGCUCCUUAUCAACGUUCGUUAUUAAUUUGUCCUUUUAUUAUUUAGUAAGGAUUACUAUGUAUAGUCUUAAGUUGUAAAUGUUAUGUUUUCAUAACAGCUGUUUUGCAUUUAUUAAUUUUCUCUUUAUAAUAAUUGUAAAUAUUGUUACGAAUAUUAAUUAUAAGUUUGUAGAAUUUA